AUGAGAGCUGUCCUCAUCCAAGGUGCUGAAGAACACUCUGCGGCGUUCUGCUACCAGGUGAAUGGGUCGUGCCCCAGGACAGUCCAUCCUCUGGGCAUCCAGCUGGUGAUCUACCUGGCCUGUGCAGCAGGCAUGCUGAUUACAGUCCUAGGGAACUUGUUCGUGGUGUUCGCUGUGUCCUACUUCAAAGCACUACACACUCCCACCAACUUCCUGCUGCUUUCCCUGGCCCUGGCUGACAUGUUUCUGGGGCUGCUGGUGCUGCCUUUCAGCACCAUUCGCUCAGUGGAGAGCUGCUGGUUCUUCGGGAACUUCCUCUGCCGCCUGCAUACCUACCUGGACACCGUCUUCUGCCUCACCUCCAUCUUCCAUCUCUGUUUCAUUUCCAUUGACCGCCACUGUGCCAUCUGUGACCCCCUGCUCUAUCCCACCAAGUUCACGGUCAGGGUAGCCUUCAGGUACAUCGUGGCAGGGUGGGGAGUGCCAGCAGCGUACACUGCCUUCCUGCUCUACACAGACGUGGUGGAGAGAGGGCUCAGCCAGUGGCUGGAAGAAAUGCCUUGUGUGGGCAGUUGCCAGCUGCUGUUUAAUAAGUUUUGGGGCUGGUUAAACUUCCCUGUGUUCUUUUUCCCCUGCCUCAUCAUGAUCAGCUUGUAUGUGAAGAUCUUUUUGGUUGCUACCAGGCAGGCUCAGCAGAUCAGCACCUUGAGCAAAAGCUUGUCUGGGGUUGCCAAGAGGGAGAGGAAAGCUGCCAAGACUCUAGGCAUUGCAGUGGGCAUAUACCUCUUGUGCUGGCUGCCCUUCACCAUAGACACACUGGUCGACAGUCUGCUCAACUUUAUCACACCUCCGCUUGUCUUUGACAUCUUUAUUUGGUUUGCUUACUUCAACUCAGCCUGCAACCCUAUUAUCUAUGUCUUUUCUUAUCGGUGGUUCAGGAAGGCACUCACACUCAUCCUGAGUAGGAAGAUCUUCUCACCACAGACACCUACUAUUGACUUGUACCAAGAAUGA